AUGGAUGAAAACCAAUCCCAGGAUUACUAUGCUAAACAUCGUGGAAUGGUGAUUUCUGAUAACUGGACUGGAUAUAAUCUGGAUGUGUUCACGCUACCAAACCACUACGCUGAAGAUCUGGACUGCGUGUUCAUACCUCAUGGAGUCAUUGUAGACAGGAUAGAGCGGCUGGCCAAUGAUAUUAUGAAAGACAUUGGAGACAAUCAUAUCACCGUGCUGUGUGUGCUGAAGGGAGGAUACAAAUUCUGCGCUGAUCUCGUGGAACAGAUCAAAAAUCUAAGCCGUAAUUCUGAGCGCUUUAUCUCUAUGAGAGUAGACUUUAUCAGGCUGAGAAGUUACUGUAAUGACAAGUCCACAGAGGACCUGCAGAUAAUCGGAGGGGAAGACCUGUCAAAGCUGACGGGAAAGAAUGUACUGAUUGUAGAGGAUGUUAUAGGAACUGGAAGGACAAUGAAGGCUCUUCUCAGUCACUUAGAGGCAUAUGAUCCAAAAAUGGUGAAGGUAGCAAGCUUGCUGGUGAAAAGAUCCAGUGAUAACAAAUACAGACCAGACUAUACGGGGUUUGAAAUUCCGAACAAAUUUGUAGUUGGUUAUGCUCUGGACUACAACGAACACUUCCGAGAUCUCCAUCAUAUAUGUCUCAUCAGUGAAAGUGGCAAAGAAAAAUAUAAAGUGUGA